AUAUAACUACUGCAAUUGUUUUUAGUAUGGAAUCAUAGUUCAGUUCCGCACCAUCUGUUUUAUUUCUCCAAUUUAUAUUCGGUAUUAUUUUAAUCGUCAACAUUCACUGUAUUCUAAGACACUUUCCACCAAUAAAAUGGAGGUACAAUAUCAACCAUUAUCAAAGAAAAAUAGGACAAUCUACUAUAAAAUAUUACUUCUGCUAGGAGUGGUUGUACUAAUGAGUAUGGUAAUUGUGAUAUCAAGCAUAGCAUACAUUAUUUACGUGGAAAACGCUUCGAAAUCUGAAGAAAAUUAUGGUUUUUCCAUGUUUUCACUUAUGGGUUGGUCCAGCAGAAAUUAUUUGCCAAAAAGAUGGUUUGAAGAAAAAAACGAGAAUGAGUAUUCAAUAAGCACAGCGAGGAAACUGAAUGAUGAAGCUGAAAUUUUGGAAAAUUUUUCAAAUAACGGAUUAGCUCUGACUCCACUGAUGGGUUGGUCAAGCAGAAAGCAUUUGAUGUCAAGAGGAAGUUUUGGAGAUGAAAUUGAAAAUGAUUACUCAACCAGUGAGAAAGUGAUAGAGAAUACAGCGGAAAUUCUCCAUAGGAAGGCUACUCCAAAGUUGGCUAUAAUUACAUAUAAUAGACAGAGUUGGUCAGCACCUGUAAGAAACAAGGAUGGAGAUAUAGAACCCGACCAUAGACGGUUUCCUAAAGGAAUUCACAAUCUUGCCAAAAAU